AUGGAGCUGAAGCAAGUCGGGCCCAAGGAGUUUGCUUGGAUGGACUCGGAGGAGGAAGAUGAGGAGCCCAAUGGAGAGAAGCCUGUCCCACUGGAAGAGGUCCAGUCUUUGGGUCAGAUGGCCAAAUUGGCGCCAGGACUCCAGAAACGCCUGAAGCGCGGCGACCUGCGCUCCAAAGAGUUGUGCGAGGUGGUCGCUGCAUUGGGGAGAUCCAAGUUCUUCGAUGGAGGCCUCUUCGAGGUCCUGGCCAAUGAGCUCCGCCGCGCGUUCAACCGACGAUCACUUGGCCCCAGCGAGGUGAUCACAACGAUUGCACAGCUUGGGGAUCUCAAUGCCUACAACCAGAGAGUGUUUGAGGCGGCCUGUGAUGCCCUGGAGCGUGAGCUGAACCGCGUACCCGAGGCUUUGCGACAGAAGCUGGAGAGCACUCUCAAGCAGGUGAAGCACACGCCGUCCGAGGGCUUUCUUCGAGCCUUGAGCCAGAGGAGCGGCGGCGGUGACCGGCGACAAGCGUGUCCCAUGUUUUGGCGUGGCCAGUGCAAGUGGGGACCCAAAUGCAAGCUGUCGCACGAUGACAACUCCUUUGAAAAUACCAUGGACAGCGGUUCCUGGAAGCCGCCCAGCAUGAGUGGCGGAAAGAGCGUGGGCUUUAAACAGUCCGCGGACCUCUUCAAGGCUGACAGGUGUGGUGCACUGUGGUGA